ACCCCAGCAGAAAAGCCGAAGGCAGUGGGAACGUUUAUUAGUCGGUUGGCAUUAGUUGUUUUCAUUGUUAAACCUUCUUUAUAGAGUCUAGUUUUUGAAAUUUCAUUCACUCAGUUUUAGGAAGGAAGAGCAAACGUCGCACCUGCCCUCCGGGAGUAGUUUGGAGUUGCUCCAUUCGUGUUUGUACCGGGGCAGGCGCAGUACCAUGCGAUACCUUUACAGUCACUGAGAGACUACGAGACAUUUUCAUUAUAGAGGCAUCACUGAAAGAACAAUCUCUGUCAUAUCAACGGGAACUAUACGUAUAUAACUCUACAUCGAGAGACAUUUAAGUCCAGGUGGACUACAACAACCACAUCAAAUAUAUAAAGUGACAGCAUACGGAAUAUCUUCCGGAACGUUAUUUUAACGGACGAAAUGACUUCUGUUCAACCCUCAGUCAAAGGCUUCUUCACUCUUCAGCUGCUUUUUAAUCUCUUCUCAAGUGGGUUGGUUGAGGGAUCUCGUAUGCCUGACCCACAGCUGAUUCCUGCCGGAGACACACACCUUCAGCACGUUGGUGGCACACUCAUGCUCAUCUGCAGAGGAUCAGCUUCGCUGCAUUGGAGGCUGGCUGACAGAAAUGUGUCAUCGGUACACAUUGAGUCUUGUAAGGAGAGACCGCACAAGAACUGCAGCAAGCUGGUCAUACACAACCUGAGGCACAGCGAUACUGGCUUCUACACAUGCAGUUACCAAAAGUCCAGCGAUCAUCAGGUGUCCACAUAUGUUUUUGUUAAAGAUCACAAACAUCCAUUUGUGGAGACUUACAGUUCACCAAAAAUGCUUUUUGCGUAUCGGGACGAUCCCUUUUUUGUGGUCCCCUGCAGAACAACGUCCCCAAGCCAACAUGUUAUCCUUCAGACUAUGGAUCCCAUGGCAGAUGAUAUAAAAAGUAGGGUGGAGUGGGAUCCAAAGAGAGGUUUCAAGAUCCCCUUGAAACCUUAUGACAACUACCGCAUGAUUACAUGUUUGACCAGAGUGGAUAACAUGACAUUUCCAGAUUUAAAAUCUCACUACAUCCUCUUAAGGCUAGCGUCAGAGCUAGAACAGAUUGGCAUCAAACCAGAACAACCAAAAGUACUGGUCGGUGACACCCUGGUCCUCAACUGCUCUGCAAAGACUACUUACAAUGGCAGAAUUGAAUUUGAGUGGCAGUUCCAUAAGGAUCAGAUCAAUCGUACUCACCAAAUAAAAAGUACAAGGGACCCACCUGGCAAAAUCAUCGUAAUGUCUAAAGCGCUAAUCAUACCUAAUGUGACAGUGGAGGACAAGGGCACGUAUAUGUGCAUAGCAUCAAUUGAAGAUAAAAGUGUUCAUUUGUCAACUGAAGUCACUGUAUACGAACAUCCAUUCCUCAAUGUGACCCACAAUAAACGCAAAUUCAUCUCUGUUAUAGAGGGUAGAAAGGUCCGGUUUGAGCCACGGGUCAAUGCCCUGCCUGCACCCAACAGAGUGUUGUGGUACAAAGAUGGAGUUGCCAUUUCAGAAAAUUCCACGUGUUAUGAGACUCUGGGCUACAACCUGACCAUAAAACAAGUGAGGCAGAAGGAUGCUGGGAUCUUCACUAUCGCACUUUCAAACCAGGAGAAGGGUCUCUACAGAAACCUCAGCUACAAGCUGGAAGUCAGAGUGAAGCCAAAGAUCUCUGAGGAGGACGUGGCUCCAGUGGGCCCCCAAACUUACAGAUAUGGCCAAGAGCACAAGCUCACCUGCACUGCAUUUGGGAUUCCCAUGCCCAGCAUUACCUGGUUUUGGCAGCCAUGUGACCACAGCCCUGAUCUUACAGAGUGCAAACUUUACACUGAUCCUCUUCCUGUUGAUGAAGCCACUGAAUCACACAACCAUUAUCCUCAUAAUCUGAUUAAGGAUAUCAGCACCAAGGUUGGAUUAUUAAAAAGUAAAAACAGGACUAUAAGCACCCUGCUGGUGAAAACAGCUAAUGUGUCAGGGAUCUACUCCUGUACAGCAAGGAAUGAACUUGGGAACCGGACCAUGAGAAUCCCUUUCUAUGUGGAUGAUCACCCACAGCCAUUUGAGAUUGAGCCCUUGACAGCUGUUGCAGGAGAUGACAUUACACUGACCUGCAGAGGCACAAGAUACCUCUACGAUAGGUUGAACUGGUAUGAUCCACUGGGCCACAUGGUGCCCAAUGGUGAAACCACUCUUCAGAUCGAGCCCUACACCAUAUCUUUGUCCAUCAAGCUGCCCAAUGUCUCCAGAAACCACACAUUAGGUUAUAAAUGCCUGGCUUUAAACAUGAACUCCAACAAAGUGGUUAAUACAACAUCUGCUUUAACUAUUAAUGAGAGGCAAGGGGCCUGGUUGAAGCAGAAUCUGACCAAUCAGGUUGUGAACAGCAGCAGCACCCUGACACUGUUCUGUAUGGCUUCUGGUGUGCCAGAACCCAUAAUCACAUGGUACAAAGACAAGACUCUUGUCACUGAAGGACCAGGAAUCACUCUAAAAGAUGACGGCACACUGAUUAUUGAGCGGGUGAAGAAGGACGAUGAGGGCAUUUAUGAAUGUCUUGCCAGAAAUGCUGGAGGGGAAGCAAAAACCAGUGCAGUCAUUUCUGUAGUGGGAGAAGAUGGUAAACCAAAUAUUGAAGUGAUCAUCUUGGUGUCUACUGGAGCAGCAGCAACAUUCCUGUGGAUAAUGCUCAUUCUCUUCAUCCGUAAAUUAAGAAAACCAAGUUCAGCAGAUUUAAAGACGGGGUACCUGUCCAUCAUCAUGGAUCCCGACCAGAUGCCCCUCGAUGAGCAGUGUGAUCGUCUGCCCUAUGACAGCAACAAAUGGGAGUUCCCUAGAGACCGCCUCAGACUUGGUAAAACUUUGGGCCAUGGAGCAUUUGGAAAAGUUGUAGAAGCCUCUGCAUUUGGCAUUGACAAGAUUUCUACUUGCAAAACUGUGGCUGUGAAAAUGCUGAAAGCGGGAGCUACAAAUAACGAGUGGAAAGCUUUAAUGUCUGAACUGAAGAUUCUGAUCCAUAUUGGUCAUCAUCUCAAUGUGGUCAAUCUGCUAGGAGCCUGCACAAAGCGUGGAGGUCCACUAAUGAUAAUCGUGGAAUUCUGCAAGUAUGGAAACCUUUCCAACUACUUGAGAAGUAAGAGGGGUGACUUUGUGGUCUACAAGUCUCAGGAUGGUAAAGCUCUACGUUCCAGCUCCGGGUGUGAUCUCAGCGAGCUCAUCAAGCGCAGGUUGGAGAGCGUGGCAAGCACCGGAAGUUCAGCCAGCUCCGGCUUCAUUGAAGAUAAGAGCUACUGCGACUCGGAGGAAGAGGAGGAAGAGCAAGAGGAUUUGUAUAAGAAAGUGCUCACAUUGGAAGACUUGAUUUGCUACAGCUUUCAAGUGGCUAAAGGCAUGGAGUUCUUGGCUUCGAGAAAAUGUAUUCACCGCGAUCUUGCCGCAAGAAACAUCCUAUUGUCUGAAAACAACGUUGUGAAGAUUUGCGAUUUUGGACUUGCAAGAGAUGUAUACAAGGAUCCAGACUAUGUCCGCAAAGGAGACGCCAGACUUCCCUUAAAGUGGAUGGCGCCAGAGGCAAUAUUUGACAAGAUCUAUACUACUCAGAGUGACGUGUGGUCUUUUGGAGUGCUCAUGUGGGAGAUCUUCUCUCUUGGUGCCUCCCCUUACCCUGGCUUACACAUUGAUGAGGAAUUCUGCUGCCGACUAAAGGAGGGCACCAGAAUGAAAGCUCCUGAAUACUCCUCCUCUGAAAUAUAUCAAACCAUGUUAGACUGCUGGCAUGGAGAACCAUCCCAAAGGCCCACUUUCACAGAACUGGUAGAGAGGCUAGGAGAUCUGCUCCAGGCUAGUGUGCAGCAGGAGGGAAAGCAUUACAUCCCAAUCAACACGGCCCUGUUGACCAAAGCAGACCCCUCAAACCCAAACCUCACAGAGGAGACCUCCACCAGACCUGUCUCUCUUAGAGACUCUGGGACGGCUUGGAACACCAAGAUCCGCCCAGCAAGUGUGAAGACCUUUGAUGAAGUAAUCCUGGAGAACGGAACCAACAAGAUCCACGAGGGUGGGCAGUCAGACAGUGGAAUAGGUCUAUCUUCAGAUGACCUGAAGACACUGAAGCACCUGGAGUCACUGGCCCGACCGCGGAGUUUCAUGGCCCGAGCGAUGAAGAGCAAAAGCAAGGAGUCUGUUCUGCUGGAGAGUGAAAAGGAGAAAUACCCAGCGCUUGUUCCCUCACUGGACCUGAGUCUGGAGGACUCCUCUCUUGACCCAGAGCUGGAAUGUCAUAGCCCACCUCCAGACUAUAACUAUGUGAUCCGUUACUCCACACCACCCGUCUGAGUUGGUCUGCACUUGUAAGCCACCAGAAGUCUAAUUGGUUGGGUGCACAUUCAGUCUAUUUUAUUUUUUCCCCACGGUUUUUUCCAUUCCACUUUAUUCUGAUAUCGGAAUGGUCAUUCAGAGUUUCACAUAUGACCUUUUCAAGGUAGUGUAUGAGUACAUGAGUACAGUGGACUGCCACUCGUAUCAUUGUGGCAGUCUGAGAUACAGCUAUGGACCACCUCAGGUAUUCCCGCUGUCUACUGUGAACACAACAGGCACAUUUUAUUACAAUAACGGCACUGUUUUCCCCAGUGAAAUGGCAUUCUUCAUACAGAAUGGUGGCUAAUUAUGAAAUCAUUUGUUCAGUGGUUAGAAGGAGAGGACAAAGGCAAUCCUUAUUUUAUUUCUAGAUAAAUAUUUUAUUGAAAUGAAAACUGGAAUUUUGGGUUAUGUGAUAUUUUAUUUUUACUUUGCUAAAAUUAUUAUUUCAGAGCUCACUAAAGCUUAUUCUUUUCUCUUUUUAGGAUAAUAAAUAUUUUUUUUAGAACAGAUUUCACUCACAUUUCACGUAACUGUCAGACAAACUGUCAAACAAAGACCACAGAUCAUGAAUAAUUGAAUGUGCGGUCUGAAAUUCCUUCCCAGAACUCAAUCUGAAAUUGCAGGACACAUUGAUCAUCAACACUCAGGAUGCACAUUGCGUUUCAUGUUCUGUCGCGCCAGUCUGAGGGCCGUUUUCCUGAGUUUUACCCAAUGAAGUUAAAAUGAAUCACUUUUGUUCCCGGAUAUAGUAUUUGUUUCUGGCAGAAGAUCAUGACGUUCAUUCUGGUUCUUUACAGAUGGCUUAUGGGUGCCUAACAUCCAGUCUAUCACUGUGAAAGUGAUUAGCAAGUAAAUUAUUCAUGCACAUUUAAUAGGAAACAUUCUGUUAAUUAUUGAUCAAAUGUGGACCACAAUAAAAAGGCCUUGCUCUGUUCAACAAUAGUUAGACUGCAUUGUGUACUUUCCAUAUUUAUGUUGUUUACACUACUGUAUACAUAACAGCACGUAAUAUGUUGUGCAGCUAUUAACCAGAGGAAGGUAUUCUGUUACUGAUUCAGUAGUCUUUUGUGCUAAAAUACUGCUAAAGCUUGCAGGGCAGGCUAUAAUAUUGUCAACAGGCUGGUCACUAUAAAUGGACAUGAUAAUUAUAGUAAAAGCAUGUACACACAUGUAGGUGCUAUCACUAUUAACUCCUUAACAUCUGUAUGCAAGUAAAUCAACACUGUGGGAUGGAAUGGCUGGGAAAUCAUUGUAUUGGUUAAACCAGAUUAUAUUGACAGUUGUAAAAGCUGUUAGGCCUGUUAUUGCCAACAAUUAUUGUUUUUAAGUCUUAUUCAUAGCUGAUGAACUGUCUUCCAAAUAAUGAAAUGUAUAUACUGCCGAUUGAUGCUUUCAUAAAUGUUGUUAUGUUGACUGGUAUUUGUGAAGUAAAACUGUAUGCACUGAUAUUUUCUACAUAUAUUUUUUGUAUUAUAACUGUAUUUUAAUAUUAACCAAGCAUAAAUAAAGAUCUAUAUAUUUAUAUAUA